UUGGCGCGCUUUUCGGUUUUGAAAUUGUAACGGUCGGAUUUCGAUUGGUCAGCUGCCGAGUUCUCACGAUAGCGUCGUUUGGUUUCUUCUUUUGAUAAAAAGUUUUAUUUUUUUAUUGAUUAUACGACGUUUUGUGGAAAAAAUAACCUUGUAGUAGCGCUGGUUGUAUUUCUUAUCAAAACCUCAUUAAGAAAUCGAGUAACCCCGCGCGGUUAAACUACAUCAUUAAGCGAACGAGUGAAUCCAUUACGAGUGCCAUAAAAUUACGUCAUAAAUUCAACUGACAGAAUUUACACUAGAGUGUGAUUGACUGCAGGCUACGGGAAAGUACGGCACACUUUUUUUACAAUAACGGCACCGUUGUUACAGCCGUGAAUAAUCACUUCCGUUUCCGGUCGCUGUUGCAGCCUCACAGUGGGCAUGCACGCAAAUCAUUUCUUUUGUUUUACCUGGUUCGAACCUGCACUUUAGUACCAGUGAGUCCUUCAAGUCGACAGGAUGAAGUUCAAGUCCAUUCGUUCCGGGGCGGUGUCACUGUUCGAAGAUUUCUGCUCCAAUAGCUCAAUUCACGGUGUGCGAUAUUUUACCGAUCGGAAAGUGAUUCGGUGCGAGAAGGCGUGGUGGAUUUUAGUGUUUUCCCUUUCCCUGGCGAGCUGCGGUCUGUUGAUCCAGCAAACCUAUCGCAAGUGGGAAGAAAGUCCGGUGAUUGUGAGCUUCGUCGAGAAACCAACCACGGUUUGGCAGAUUCCGUUUCCGGCCGUUACCAUUUGUCCGGAAGCGAAGAGUGCCUCCUGGAUGCUAAAUUAUACGGCACAAUUCCAUACCUUUCUCAAUCAAUCACAAGAGGAGCGUUCAGCUGAUAUUAGGUUGUGUCAUCUAACCAAUCGAAAGAAGAGCAAUCUUUUGACUGUAUUUAAUUAUUAUUACAGAACCGAUUUUUUUCUUGCAAUGACGCAAAUCUGCGACAGAAAUUGCAUUGAACGAAUGCUGCACAGUGCUGCCAGUAUUCCGAAUAAAACGACCGACGAGAGUUAUGUGGCUCUGAUUUGGUUGCUGCGAGUUCCUACCGAUGGUCUACUGGUGGAGUGUUCCUUUCUUAAUGAACCCUUUCCAUGUGAUACUCUGUUUUAUCCGUCCCUCACGGAAGAGGGAGUCUGUUUGACGUUCAAUGGCCUUUCGUCCAAAGACAUGCACCGUUUGGAGUCGUUACAAGGUCAAUAUCCUUACGUGACAAGUCCUUUUCAAUCGCAGCUUUGGUCUCAAGAAAAUGGUUAUCAGUCUCAAGCCACCUUCGAAGCAUACCCUUUUCGAGCCGGCUCCGGUUACUCGCUAGGAUUAUCCGUGUAUCUCAGCGUAGACUUACUGAAUCACGACCCGCUAUGCCGAGGAUCCACCAAGGGCUUUAAAUUGCUACUACAUUCUCCGGCGGAAUAUCCACAAAUCACUAAAAAAUUCGUUCGUGUUCCCAUAAACCAAGAGGUGACCAUUGCGGUCAAGCCUCAGAUGAUUACCACAACACACGGGCUGCAAGGUUACACACCCGAACGUCGCCAGUGCUUCUUUAACCAGGAACGCCACCUGCAGUUCUUUGCCAUCUACACCCAGGACAACUGUGAACUAGAGUGUCUCACCAACUACACUCUGAAACUUUGUGGAUGUGUACUGUUCUCGAUGCCUCGAAAUGAGAGUGUGGCAAUUUGUGAAACCAACGAAAUCCGCUGCAUUUGGUGGGCGAAAAAUUUACUAUACGACAUGGGAAUCACUGGAAAUCGGGAGGAGGAAAUCAGAUUUCGAUCCGAGUGCAAUUGCCUCCCGGCAUGCAGUUCGGUGCAGUACGACGAGGAGAUCACGCAAACUCAGUUCGAUUGGAAGAACUGGGCGGAGACGCUCGGCAUUCAGGCGAACCGCUUGGAAGGAAUUGAGUUCGCCCAUCUUGCAAUCUACUACAAGGAGCCCCAGUUUAUGCCUCUACGUCGCAGUGAGUUGUACGGUACGACGGACUUUCUGGCCAAUUGUGGUGGAUUGCUGGGGCUCUGUCUGGGGGUUAGCUUGCUGAGUCUGGUGGAGUUGCUGUAUUUUUGUCUGAUUCGGCCGUUUACGCUGUGGAAAGAGAAACGAUCGUCAACUUGCUCCCUUGAGGACUUGGAGGCACCGUCCAUCAGUUUGCUUUCCUAUCAAACCAAGUGGGAAUGAG